GUUCUGCGGUUGACGAUUCAAAACCACAAAAUAAGCGUCAUAUUUUUCGUUUUCACAGCAAAAAAUACAUCUGCUAAGUUAUAUUAUACGGAAAAGUUAGCUGAAAAGCUAAGGACGGCUACAUUCCGCUGAUUGAAAACAGGGCAAGACUGCCAAUACUUUGCGGUUUUUCAAUGCUGAAAUACCACAGAUAUAUGAGACAGACUUUCAAUCAACUAGAUUAGGAGUAUAUAAUAAACGCUCUUAAAUUAUUACAGCGCCAUGGAUGAUACUGACCAAGAUCAGGACUCGCAGUCCUUCGACGAUGAUAUUUACUUAGAACCAAAGGUAGAGACACUGUUGGAAGAAACCAACAUGCCACUAGGAAAGGACUCGUCCGCUGUUUCGCAGGACGACAUCGCUCUAGAUGAGACAAUUGGCCCAGAAGAGGCGAAUAAAACAAAUCGAUUCGCGUUACAUAAAUUGCUCUACCGUGGUCAAACCCAUGGUCCAGAGUUGUGUACAUGGACAAUCCGGAGUGACACACCGGCUGAGUUUCUGCAGUACUUGUUUGAGUUAAUACAGCCUCAUAUCAAACGAGCAAUUGAAUUUCCGUCUCCGAAUGAGCCCACCUGGUCCAGGAAGGUGGUCCCCACUAAAGAAGAUCUCCCGAUAUACGUCGCUUUCAAGGAUCACAUCUCGAAGAGGACGUACCAGGUGAAGGAUGUCGAAGAAUUUAGGUUGCAGGGAUGGGCUCACAAAACGAUAGUCCUUCAGUUAUACAUUUACUCAAACCAGGUGGUUUCACGACCCUCGUAUGAAAUAGCUAAGCAGCAAUUACUUAUUAGUCCUUUGGAAGAAACUGUUCAUUCGAAAAAGAUCAUCAGAGAAAUAAGCACUGAACAGAAGCUGCCAAGCCUGGUGAGACGACUAGAAAAAAUCCAUAUCAAUCGACUUAUGCCGAAUACCAGCGACGCGUUUGUUCAAUGGGCACGAUUUAUACUGCAGGCACCUAUUCGGCAACAAAGUGAACUAUGUUACGCCCCGCCACCGGAUCAUCUGCAGGAACAUUUCACCGUUCAACAACCUCCAAUAGUUGAAACGUCGAAAGGACCAGCACGACGAAAGCACUCUUCCGACGGGUACGGAUUUGAGGACGAAGUACAUGCCCUGAGGCAGACGGUCACACAGAUUAAAGACUUGGUGGAAAUGCUAGAUCGGCGUGUUGGCUUACUUGAGAAAAAGUGUCGUGGAUUUCGAAGAAGCAUGAGGGAAAAGGGCAUUCCUACAAAAAGAACAAAAUGGAAUGAUGAUGGGGACGGGGACAACGAUAGUGACGAAAACGACGAAGAGCCGGUGAUCGAUGAACCUUUACAAGUGGAUCAAGUUGGUGGUCUGCUGGUUGCGGUUGAAGGACACGGUAUCAAUCCCGAUCCGCUAAUGGUUAACAAUACGUACGACCGAAUUAAGGAGGAGAGCUUUGCUGACGAGCAUUAGUCUUUUGCGUUGUGAUAUUUGGUCAAUAUUUAUUAAUAUUAAUAAAGGUACACUAUAAGUCAAAA